UAUACAAAAUUAUCACCAAACAUGUCGGCCACCUAACCCCCUCCUUUUACCUUACUAAAUUCCAUAAUCACUCUGUAAAAUCAAUCAAUCGCCAUUGUUGUCCCUCUAACCUUCGUCCCAAUGACUCCACUGUACACACUAACCACCACACUCCUCACACUACUCAUCACCUGCUCCACUUCCACCGCCGACGAUGCCUACCCAUCUCCAUACACCACCACCUGCGACCUCAACAACAUUCCCACCCCUAUCCGAUCAGAAGUCUACGACAACGGUCGUAUAAUCGACAUAACUCACCGGUACCACCCUGAGAUGCCGUCAUGGGGAUCGGACGAGGGUCUUGGACAGUUUCUCCGGCUUCCGAACAGUAUGAAAAACGGGUCACGGUCCAAUGUUUCUGAGAUGAAACUGGUGACCCACACUGGGACCCACGUGGAUGCUCCUGGGCACAUGAUUGAUGAGUAUUUUGAUGCCGGGUUUGAUGUUGAUACGCUUGAUCUUCUUGUGCUUAAUGGCCCAGCGUUACUAGUUGAUGUUCCAAGGGACAGUAACAUAACAGCUGAAGUUAUGAAGUCCUUAAACAUUCCCAAGGGCGUACAGCGUGUGCUUUUCAGAACAUUAAACACUGAUAGGCGGCUGAUGUGGCAAAAGCAAUUUGAUACAAGCUAUGUUGGAUUCUUGAGGGAUGGAGCCCAAUGGCUUAAGGACAACUCCGACAUUAAACUUGUUGUCGUUUGUUGUGACGUUUUAGGUAUUGAUUACUUAUCAGCUGCUGCAUUUGUUGAUUCUGUAGCUACUCAUCGUGUCUUCUUUGAGAGCAGGGAUAUCAUACUUGUUGAAGGUUUGAAACUUGACGAUGUAGAAGCGGGAAUAUACAGUGUCCAUUGCUUACCAUUGAGGUUACUUGGAGCUGAAGGAUCUCCCAUUAGAUGCAUCCUUAUCAAGUGAUACUAUAUAGUAGUAGCCAUUCCACGAAAACCGCUCAGCCUUGGCUCCUGACAUCUCAAACAUGUUGCAAAAGCUCCCUUUGGUUCUGUUUGAGAGCAGUGAUACGGUGUUUAAUGAUAUUUAGGUUCAGCUUUUGUUCGUCGUUUUCUUUUAACUUGGUUUCAUGUUCUAAACCGGUUUUAACUUCUUGUUGUAUGCUAACCGUCGUUCUUUCAUCAUAUUUAUACGAAAAUAUACCAUGAUCAGCUUUGCAUUCUUUCA